AAAACAAACCUUCUCCUUCCUUCGUCCCGAUGGCUCGUUCCACCCCCAUUCUCAUUCUCUCCCUCCUCCUCCUCACGGCCGUCUCCAACGCUUGCAAUACGUGCAUGCCACCGCCGAAGCCCCCGUGCCCUACCCCCGCCGCUUGCCCGAGGGACACGUUGAAGCUCGGAGUGUGCGUGGACCUCCUCGGACUCGUGGGCGUCACCGUCGGGACCCCGCCGUCCAGCCCGUGCUGCGCGUUGCUCGAGGGCCUGGCCGAUUUGGAAGUGGCCCUCUGCCUGUGCACCGCCAUCAAGGCCAAUGUGCUGGGAAUCCACCUGAACGUUCCCAUUGCACUGAGCGUCAUCGUCAGCGCAUGUGCGAAGUCAAUCCCUCCUGGCUUCCAGUGCGAAUAGGAAAAGAUUUCAUCAAGAUGGGGUCUUCAUUCGAAUGUUUGUACUGCUUUAAUGCGUGUUUGCGUCUUCCAACGUUGUCGUCUUUGUAAUGUUCUUGGGUGCAAUCAUUUCUUUCCCGAGUGUUGUAUGAGCUUUUGUAUUGGUUAUUUGUACUUUAAGGUAAAGAGACGGUUUUAAUUAUUUGGUUAUUGUUGAUGUUUGUGUCAUUUAUUGGAAAUAACUGGGCAAGCUUGUUUGCCAUACGUCUCUGUAAUGAUUAAUUGAUUAUGGUUGGUAAUCUUGUCAAUUUAAUUAUAAUCACUCGUAGUUUUUUCUUUGC